CUCCCUUCAUAUACAGCAGUCGAGUCCCUUAAGGCUCAUCUGAGCAGAUUUUCUGUGGAUAAAACAUCGUCUCUGUCUGAAACAAGCUUUGUCCUUCGUCGUUUUCUCUCCAGCACCAUGGACAGCACCUUGGACAGUCUGGACGCUGCAGGUUUCCUACAGAUCUGGCAACACUUUGACGUCGACGAUAACGGCUACAUCGAAGGGAAGGAGCUGGACGCCUUCUUUCAGCACAUGUUGCAAAAACUUGGGUUGAAGGAGGAGGAGAUAACUGAGGACAAAAUCCAAAGAAUGAGAGAAAGAUUCAUGUCAGCUUAUGACGCUACAGCUGACGGACGUCUGCAGAUCCAAGAGUUGGCCACCAUGAUGCUGCCUGAGGACGAGAACUUCCUGCUGUUGUUCCGCCGGGAGACGCCGCUGGACAGCAGUGUGGAGUUUAUGAGGAUCUGGAGAAACUACGACACAGACAAUAGCGGCUACAUCUCAGCCAUCGAGCUCAAGGGCUUCCUUCAGGACCUGUUCCUCCAGCACAAGAAGUCCGUCACCGCUGACAAGCUGGAGGAGUACACCGACACCAUGAUGAAGAUGUUUGACAAAAACAGAGACGGCAGACUGGACCUAAACGACCUGGCCAGAAUUUUGGCCCUGAAAGAAAACUUCUUACUGAAGUUUAAGAUGGAUGCCUGCAGUCAGGAGGACAGAAAGAGGGACUUUGAGAAGAUAUUUGCUCACUAUGAUGUUAGUAAAACUGGUGCACUGGAGGGCCCGGAGGUGGAUGGAUUUGUCAAGGAUAUGAUGGAGCUGGUGAAGCCCAGCAUCAGCGGAACAGACCUGGACAAGUUCAGAAAAGCCCUGAUGGGUCACUGCGACAUCAACGGAGACGGAAAGAUCCAGAAGAACGAGCUGGCUCUGUGCCUCGGCCUCAGACCCAGCUAACAGAGCCUGGCAGCAUUCACCUGGCUGGCUUUCUUUUCUCUCCUUUCACACCUGAUUCCUGUGUUCUCUUUUAUUUAUAUCUUCUAUCAAUCUUACUGUUUAUUUUCCCUUUGUUCUAUUGCAUUGUGCUUUUUUACUUUUUCCUCCCCUCUUUCUCAUUUAAUCUUUCUUCAUGCAUGACUGAUUUGUCUUUGAAGCCCAAUUUUUGGAAGCACAGUGACUCUCAAAAUCCUUUUUUUUCUGUUAACAUAACAGCAUGUUUCAAUAAUUGUAUAUAUUUUCUGUAUCCGAGCUGAUUAGCAUCAGGGAAAAUAAUGUGCAUUAAAUGUGGAUCGUGAUUUCAGUGCAGCUCUGAGGGAGGAGAUGCAAAAAAAAUCCAGAUAUGAUGAUGAUGGUGAUGAUGUUUUUUCAUAACUGCAUGGCAUGAAGUUUCUCUGUAUUCUGGUGAUGUGCAAUCUAACAGUGUUUGCAUGAAAUUAGUGUAAAAGUAUGAUGUUUAAUAAAAACGUAAGCUCUG